UCACUUCAAUGUUUUCGUCCCUUUUCAGACCGUUUAUCGUAACUGCAUUCUGGAGCACAAUGAAACAUCCAAAAAUAUACCACCCGGCAGCGCCAAUAGUUCGUGCCAGCGUCCCUGGGGAAUGGUCGAAGAGGAGGUCUUUCCGAAUCUAUGGCGAAUAAUUUACUGGUCUUCGCAGUUUCUCACCUGGUUGAUAAUGCCCCUGAUGCAGUCCUACCUGAAGGCCGGGGAUUUUACCAUCAAAGGCAAACUCAAGUCCGCUCUGGUGGACAAUGCCAUAUACUACGGCUCGUACCUGUUUAUCUGCGGAAUUUUGCUGAUUUAUUUGGCGCUGCAGCCUGGAAUCUCUUUGGAUUGGCAAAAACUGAAAGCCAUUGCGUCGUCAGCUUCAAACACAUGGGGUUUGUUCCUUUUAGUGCUGCUGCUUGGCUAUGCACUGGUUGAGGUCCCUCGAGGACUAUGGAAUAACUCAAAACCAGGGUUUACCUUGCAAUACGCUUAUUUCAAGUUGUCGAAGUUAAGUUCUGAAAAGGCAGAAGCUGAAGAGCACGUGGAUGACGUGCUGGAAAGUUUGCAGUCGGCUAGCCGAGCUGUUCCUUCAAGGCACGAACUCCGACCAGCAUUGGAAACCAUCAUCCGAAAGGUACCGACCGAGUUGAUGGAACGUGCUCGUCGAAUCAGCCGAGAUGAUGGAUCUCCUGUUGCUGUUCCAUCGGAAAAAGCCUUGGUAAGGCUGCAUCGUCAGGUGAUCAAGUCCCUGCAGACGCUCCAGAGAACGGAAGCCCUUUGGAAUGUACAGGUGAACAAGGUCCUUCAUUUGGAGGAUGGCAAGAAUGCCGUUUCAUUGGACCAUCGUUUCAAAACUGAAUUCCCGAAACAUCGAGCAGGAUUUGCACGCGCUACGUACAGUCCUACCCUGGAGUGGUACUGGGAAUGUGUCGUUAAGGCUCCUUUCCUGAAAGCACUCGCCGUGAUCACCGCUUUCCUGUCGUUUGUUGUCGUGUGGAGCGAACUGACGUUCUUCAACCGUGAACCCGUUCUUUCAAUUUUUGCGAAUGUCUUGGAGAUAGCGAAACGAAACUACGAUUUUGUGACCAUUGAAAUUUUCUCCAUGAUGACCUUGUGCUAUCUUUGCUAUUGCGCCUAUUCAACGGUUUUCCGGAUCAAGUUCUUAAACUUGUACUAUCUGGCUGCUCAUCAUCAAACGAACGAGUACAGUUUGAUAUUCAGUGGAAUGUUACUCUGUCGAUUGACGCCGCCGAUGUGUUUGAACUUCCUCGGUAUGAUUCACAUGGACUCCCACAUCAUCAAGCAACGCAUCCUGGAGACGCACUAUACUCAGAUAAUGGGUCAUAUGGAUGUGUUGGGAAUCAUCUCCGAUGGGUUCAACAUCUACUUCCCAAUGGUAAUGUUGGCCUUUUGUCUGGCCACAUGGUUUUCUUUGGGAAGCCGAGCCCUGAAUGCCCUGGGAUUCCAACAGUUUAUGCUGAACGAAACAAUUGCUACGGAGUUGGUGCAGGAAGGCAAGGAUUUGAUUGUACGUGAGAAACGCAAACGCCAGAGAGCGGAAGAUGCGAUUGCGCGACGCCGUGAUAACAUUUUGAGCAAUCUCGGAAGGGAUUCCGCCGGGGGAAGUAACGGAAACAAUGGCAAUGGUAACGGUGGAGGAGUAGGCAAUAUUCUGUCAAAGUAUAAAUCACGAAACCUAGACUCGGUGGCCAAUUCAGUUGGACCGAAUGACGAUCUGGUGCGGCAUGGUGAUCAUUUGGAUUACAGUACGAAUGGAAGCCGAGGAGGGGAUUUUUCACGUUCGCUGUCGGACGAAAUCAACGAAAGAUUCGGUGUGAGUACGAAUGUUACGGUGGGUUUCAAGGGAUAUAACGACUUUGGAGAAGACGACGAUGGUCGAGGAGGAAGAGGUAGCAGUAGUGGCGGAGGAGCUCCCCGAGGAUUCUUCGACGAUGUGUAGGCAGCGAAGUAUUAUAGAAGAGUGCAUUUUACGUAGAUUUACGUUUGCGGUGAUACUAAGUUUAAUUCGUUAUCGGUUAUAACUUUUCGUUUAUGAUGUAUAGAUAAUAUAUGAAUAUUUAACAGCAAAAAGUUAAUCGCUAGAAAACCUUUGGUAUCAUUCCAGAAAUUGCUUGAACAUUGUGAGCUGAUUAGAGAAAUACUAACAUAAAGCACCGAUAGCACUGAUAAUAUAAACAAAAUUGGUUUUAUAUAAUUACAAACGUUAUAAGAUAUUAUGUACAAGGAGAACCGGCAAACACAUAGCGAAGACUUUCAAUUUCAAUGGCUUACACGUAGCAUACAACCAGCAGUAAUUGAUUAGUUUUGUCAAGUUGCAAGGUUUAACAAAAUAGGUUGACUGGGGCAAAACUUAGCAACAUUGGGCUGUAUCUUCUACCCUCCGUAACUAACAGUUGCCACUAAAAUGUAUAGCUGUCACAAAAGAAACUCAAGACACAAGAACUACUACAAUAAUGAUUGGCAUAAAAUAUGUAUCAAUAAAUGUAUUCUAUGCACUACUCCUUAACUUAGCACUUACACACACAAAUAUAAACCCUUAUUAAACACCGCUGUGAAACAAAAACCCUUCUUAGGUUGUAAGCUGAACGUGUAGUCCUUAUUAUCCCCAAUAUGGAAGUACUAUACCCAACUAGUGAAUGGCAAACAAAAUAAAGUGCUAACAGAAAAAAAAACUUGAA